GACCUCAAUUCUGUGCCUUCGUCCGUCGUCAUCACGAAGUGCAAUUCCCAGUUUAUCUUGCAUUCUGCUUCAGAUGAUGUCGAGCGGGAAUGGCGUUGACUGGGAAACUAUAUCAGCCCUUAAGGCGGCGGUACGCGAUUGUUCUUCGAGACGUUUGACUGUGGCCACCAAGUGGGUCUCGGAACUGCUUCUCUCUGUACCUGAAGCUAAGCGUCGCGUAUCUGGGCAACUACAAGAUCAGACGUUUGAGACGUCCACUCCUCCUCGUUCUCGUGGUGCCCGUGCAUCUUUAUCGUUCAGUCACCAUUCUCCUGGCCCCUCCGCUCACAAUGAAGGACCUUCUCGGCAUGCCGCUUUGGCUACAGAGCUGCUCCAUCACCCCGAUGCACCCACAUAUCAACCCCUACCGGAAGAGAUAGUCGCGCAAGAGCGGGCCUGGGAGGAGGAGGAAGAAGAUGCGCUGAUCGCUGCUCAAUCGCUCUUUGAUGCACGCGAGUUUCUGAGAGCCGUGGCUAUUCUAGACAGGUGUCGAAGUUCCAAAGCACGGUUUCUGUCCUUGUAUAGUCGCUUUCUGUUCAGCGAGAAGAAAGCAGCACGGGAUUGGAACGGUUCUGAUAAGAAGCGAGACCAACAACCGCAUCCGAUCAACACAUCCUUGAGAGAUUUAUUCCUUGCCGUUCAAAAUGCUGAGGAUCCAUGGCUCCUGUUCUUGAAGGCGCUGUUCUUGUCGCGCAUGCGCAGACGUGAGGAGACUAUCGAAAGUCUUCUGUUGUCUUUAUCCCGCUAUCCUUGGAACUGGUCUGCAUGGACUCUACUUGGUCAGUGUAUAAGUGAUGGAGAAGAGCUUCAGUCUCUCCUCACGAUGUUGCCACUACCGCCUACCCAUCCUUUGGUCCAUAUCUUCCAAGUGAAGAUGUCGAACCAACUCGAAUCAGUCUCAGACAACGAACUCGGGCUCUGUGAUCGCCUUCUCGGCGAAAACUUCUUCCCCAAAUGGACAUGGCUCAUGAUUCAACGUGCCCUGGUCUUGUAUAAUUUGCAUACGUAUCCUCCGGCUGCAGCACAGUUCGAGAAAAUCAUCGCAGCGGAUCCUCACCGUAUUGAUGGCGUAGAUAUCUAUGCGAACAUUCUCUUCGUAAUGCACGACACCGUUAAACUGUCCAAGCUCGCUUUCGAUUACCUUGAUCAAGAGAAGGAUCGGCCCGAAAUAUGCUGUUUAAUUGGUAACCAUUAUUCUCUCCGCGGUGAAAACGUUCGGGCGGCGGAAUACUUUCUGCGGGCUACUCAGCUCGAUUCGACAUAUGUGUCUGCUUGGACUCUGCUAGGCCACGAGUAUAUCGAACUGAAAAAUUCUCAUGCGGCUAUAGAUGCUUACCGCAGAGCUGUCGAUUUCGACCGUAAAGAUCAUAAAGCUUGGUUCGGCCUGGGUCAGGCAUAUGAGCUCUUAAACAUGCAUACAUAUGCUUUGUAUUACUACCAGCGCUCAGCGGCACUGAGCCCCUACGAUGUACGGGUAUGGCAAGCUCAGGGCCUAUGCUACAUGGACUUAGGCAGACCAAGGGAGGCCAUCGAUUGUUUCAAGCAUGCGACGCGCGGAGAACAUCCUAAUAUGAUGGGCAUGUAUGAGAAGAUUGCCAAAUGCUACAAUGAGCUGGAAGAAUAUGGCGAAGCUGCAGCAUAUCACCGCAGGAUUGUGGAAGCGUCGAGACAAAACGACAAAAGCGUGGAAGAGUUUUCUAAGUCGUACAUGUUUGUAGCGCGGUAUCACAUGUACCUGGGGGGAGGUGACCUGGAGCUUGCGAAGGAGUACCUGGAGAUGUUGGCAAACAGUCAUGCGGAAGAAGUUGCGCAGGCCACGGAGUGGCUGAAGAAAGUCAAAACUAUGAUACAGGCGAGGUCAGACAGGUCAAUUCGCUGACACCGAACAUAUAGUACCUGUAUGAUAUCUAGGAAGCAUCUAUCAAUUUUCUGUGAUAAGUCGAU